AAAAUAGAUUCUAUAAGACCGGGCUGUAAGAUGGCAGAUAGGAAUCCUUCUCCUCCUCGUUUAUCCGCGGAGGAAAUUGAGCUAAUACAAUACGACAACAUCGGUGAAACAGUAUUUAGCAAGAAAUGGGUGCUAGGAACUCUUAUGAAGCUGGUUCAAUCUCUUCAGUCCACUACUGAAGAUUCCGAGGAGGGCCAAAACGACGAACGUGCUUCAUCGCGCGAGGGAGAAGAUAAUGCAUCACACGAGCUUAGCGAUGAUUUUGAAAAAGAGCUGUGUGAACUAUGGGAUAUGUCAAUGAACGGUGUAAGAAUCCAAAGAAGCAAUGAUCUCAAAUGAUUUUCGAGUAGUAAAUACGUAGAGAAGCGAUUUUUUGUUAGUGAGAGAAUGCGUGACAUGAAGAAACCUUACGGGGUAUGGUAAGGUUAUCGUUUAGCAGCGAAAACCUGGAAGUAUCUAAGCUGUGUCCGGAAGAGCAGAUAACAACUAUUAGGGUACCAACUUCAAAGAUUUUCGAAGUCACCAUUAGGCACCUAAAAAAUUCUGAAAUUAUGACAAUAAAGUAAAUUUUUCGCCAGCUAAGAGCACUCAAUAAAGUACAAGACAGGAUAGACAAUCACGUUUCAUAGCAUGCUCAAUUUUAAUGGUCAGGUAGAAGGGGGAGCGGAGACUGGAGGAUUGAGAUGGUGAUGAGGUAGGAAGUUAAACAUAAUUUUGCUUUUGUUUGCAGGAUGUAGCAGCAUUUUUGGAAGAAGUGGAAACUACUGAAGUGCUCUUAGAUGCUGUAUUGAAGUCACAGAAUCCAAGAGUUACAGUACGAUAAUAAAUGCUUUUUUAUUUUUUUACCUUAGCCUCCUCCCAUGGGUGACCAAGACAGAAUUUCUCCCUACAAUAUUGAUAAAACAUCAAGCAGAUAAGUGAUAGGAAUAGAGAAAAAUAUAAAUUUGGAGAUUAUUAGUUGAUCCAACAUCAGAUUAUCUGAACUAACAUCACAGGAAUUGUAUGGAACACAGUUAGGAGAAUUACUAAUGAGAUCUUGGAAGUGAAAGGGUUAAUAUGUAAGUAGUUAGUGACACUGAGGGCCUCUGGUAAUGUUUUACACCCAUGAUUAUGAACAGAAAAAAUAUAUCUCAGAAACACACUUCAUAAUAUCCAUACUGGAUUGUUUGGGGUUGUUUAGGUCCAAUAAGUCCCGGUAUCUUUGGCAUGAUGUGUUGGAUUCAAGUCUGAAACCCACUACCCCCUAACAUCAGUAUCUGUAUUCUUGAUACUCUUCUCUUAACAUUUCCUUUGGUACUGACUGGGAGGAUCUGUUUAACAAUCAAAGCUUCCUGGGGACAAUCAAAGCUUCCUAGGAUGACAAUCAUUUCCUUUAUUCUCAGUGUUACUGUUAGGAGAAAUUAGAUGCUGGUCACUCCAAGGGUCGAAAGGGUUGAAGGAGUUCAAAUCCCUUUUCGGCAUUGUGUAGAAUUUUUACCACCAAGAUAAUGUAAAUUUAGUUCUUGUGCAGUGACAAAGAUCAACUAUUAUUUUACAAGGUUGAAUCAAGAAGUGAAAACACUGUGAUUCACAAAGUGUAAUGAAGUACUGUUAUGACUGAAAUUAACUUUCAUUGUAAGAUUUUAGAUCUCUGUAAUACAUGCAUGCUAAUAUGGGAUUUUAUUUACCAAAUUACUCUGAAAAGCUUGGCAUCACCAGAACAUCACAAAUUCCUGUCGAAUGUUCCCCACUUGGUUUUCAUUUGUUUGGUGAGAAUAAGUGACAGGUUGUUUUAAUUCUUUGUUGUGUCUAGGAAAUUUGUGUUGGAAUUCUGGCAAACAUGGCUUGCAGUCAUGGUGUUUGUGUGAAGAUGUUGAGUAAUAAAGAUCUUGUGUAAGUUAACAGUUUUAUCUGUAAACUUACUGUUAUUUAGAUCUCUGAUUAUUCUUACUGCAAUAUUUCUCUUUUAUAGUACCAAAAUGGCCUUUGAUUUAUUGUAAAAAAAGUUAUUAUAGUAUUGAUUUAGGUUAUAGCACAGUACAGUACAACUGAAUCCUACAUGAAUUUUCAUUGGUUCAUACAUGAAUCAUCAUAAUUAACAACAUUCUGAUACUUUAUCAUAUAAAACAAACAGUUUCUAUGUGUUUGUGAGUCUGUAAAGUAAUACAAGGCUGCCUAGAGGUUAUCAUCUAGGGAAUCUGGGGUGCCCAUGCUUUUAUAAAAAUGAAAUUAUGCAAGUCGUCCAUUAAGACAAAACUUGGUUGCCUGAGGCAUCUGGGCUCUGCCAGACCACAGUCCUGUAAUAGAUUGCAGAAGAUGUCAAAAUGUGGUAAGGAAAUCUGACAGACUUGGCUGCACUUAAUGUGCCUCUUUUUUUUUUCUUACUGCAUUUUGAAGUCAUCUGUGGUAUAUUAUGAAACAAAUAGAUGUAAACAAAUAGACAAUAGAUAUUGCCUAGCUACACAAGUGAAGAAUUUAUUGCGCCAUCAAUCCUUGAACUUAUUUUGCAGUGAUAUUGUUACAGUUCUGCUUGAUGAACCAGAUGCUCCAGUCCUGGUGGAGGUUACAAGGUACACUGGUGAAUUAAUAUAUUGUAAAACCUUUGUGAGGGAGUUUUUGUGUCUGGUUCAAAGUGGCAAGGAUUUAAGCCUUUAAAACCUUAACAUCAGUUUGCAUAUUCUCUAUACUGUUCUAUAUACAUGUCCUAUGUGGUAUUGACAAGGAGAGUGUGUUGUUUUUUUUUUAACAAUCAAGAGCUUUUUGUUUUGAUGAUCACUUCCCUAAUUCUCAUGUCUUCUGUGUUAGAUUCAGCAGUGAUGAUGUUAGGAGAAAGUAGAUACCAGUCACUCCUCAAAGUUAAAGGGUUAACUAUUUUCCCUUUCCCAUUGAGGCUCAGCAAACAGUUCGAAAUUACUUCUUUAUUCAGCCAAAUAUCGAAAAACCACUUUUUUUUCUUCUUACUCAUUUAAAAGACUUUUUUCUUACAUUUACCAUCCAUUUUUCUCAAUUUUUUUAGACUGAUUCAUGUUUGUUUGAGUAAUGAUGAGGUUGAAUCACAGUGGAUGGUAGUUUUGGAGGCAGAAACAGUCUUCAAGAAUUUUAUGUACAUCCUGGAGAACUCUUUAAAUGGUGAGUCCAACUAUGAGUUACCAGAAGGGGACUGACUCACUAAAACUAUGCAACGUCACCUAUACUACAUCAAGCUCUUCUUAGAGGAUACACUUGGGACAAGCAAAAAGUUGCAUGUUUCAGUGUCUUGGUCUUUGGAAAGGUUAUGGUUAUGGUUAAAGUCACUCUAAUUUUAAACCAGUUUGAUUUGUGUCUCCCUUUGUUCUAGGUAUAUUACCAUGGUCCUUAAACAAAGAAAAAAAAUCAAACUAGUUCAAAUUCUUUUCAAACUGUAUAGCUUUCAAGUACAUAAGAGACAAAUGAAAGAUUGGGCUGCUGCAAUCAUCAGGGAUUUGGUAGCAACCUCUGCUUUUUUUUUUUUUUUCCUCAACUGGCUGGCUUUUUUUGCUUUUUUAUCCUUGUGGAGAUCUUUAUGCACACUGAGGAAAAUUAUGUACCCAUCUCAGGCAUUUUCCUGAAAGAAGUUAACCCUGUCUCUCCCAAUUCUCCUUACUGUCAAACUUAUGACUCUUACGAUAUUGGAUUAGAGAAUUUAGUAAAAAUCCCCUAAUUGAAAUAUUUUUUUAAAUUUUUGUCAUCACAUGAGUGUUUGAUAUUUUAUUGAUAAUUGUUAUGGGGGAAAUUCUAUCUUGAUCACUUAUGAGAAUUAAUAAAAGGGUUAAAGAUGUUUUAACUCUUUUGCAAUCUGAAUUUUAGAAGUUUAGAGGGUGUUCCUAGGAAAUACUCAGCAUUUAUUUCUUGCUGUUAUUUUAUUUUGCUUUGCAGUGGAUCUCCUCACUAACUGCUCCCAAGUGGUAGAUAAGGUUUUGGAUACAAACGAUGAAAUGUUGCGAGCCUGGGCAGACUUACCCUUGGUUACUGCUGUUUGUGAAGCCAUGAAACAGAUGCAUAUGAGGUCAUAAUUUUCAUCAUGUCAAUUGUUUUUGGUUUUUCCUGGGUCAUCAAAUUUUUGACUUCACUUAAUUAUAUUUCUUUACCAACUGUUAUCAAAGAUAUGGGCCAUUCUAAUCCAUACUCUAACUAUAGCAUUCCGGAAAUCCUUGGUGCCAGAAGCACCUCAGGAUUUCUGAUGCUGUAAUAUAUAUCUCCCAUACAUCCCAAGGGAUUGUUUUAAAUCCUAUGAAAACUUUUUUCCAAUGUCAGAUUUCUUUCCCACAUCCUGCGUCUAUCUGAAUCCUCUUUUGCACCAAAAAGGCAAAUUUAAAUGUUAAAAAUUGUAUCCUAGAUACAGGGCUCCCUACAUGACAGAAUUUUAGGUUUGACAUCAGUAUGCACUUUCUCCAUAUUGUUCUUUAUACAUAUUCUAAAGUGCUGACAAGGAGAAUUUGUCUGACAAACAAGAGUUUCUUGACUUCAUGAUUAUUUCAUUUAUUCUCAUGAGUUUUAUGUUUGAGUUAGCAAUGAUACUGUUGAGAGGAAUUAGAUGUGUAUCCCUCUCAGGAGUCAAAGGGUUAAAAGACACCUUGGUGACCUUAUUCCCUUUUCUAGCAGAAUUUCUAGUGAGUUUUCAUAGUAUAGUAUGGGUAUGAUUACAGGUUAUUUUCUGUAACCUUACACUAUGUCAAUGGUGAAAUUAAUUUUGUUUUGGUUCUUUGUAUGUCUACCUUUCACAGAUCUGAACAGCUCCAUAUAGUAGAGACACUUCUUCACAUUCUUCAAAUGGUAUCCACUGUAGAACAAGGUGUCCAGGGGUUAGGUGGGUAAUAGCCAUAUCCAACAUUCCAAUGCAAAAUGUUAUAUAAUGAUCAUCAGAUGAUACUAAAUCCUUUAAAAUGAUGACAGGCAAUUGAAAUGUACUCCAUUAGUCAUUACCACUUUCAAAUGAUUUACUUCUUUUCAGUGAGUUGUGUGUCUGUUGUUCCACUUCUGUGCCAUUUUAUUGCUGAGUGUGGGCAUGAUGAAGGAGGCAUUGUUGUUGGUCGUGAAGUGUCACUUACUGAAUCCUUCUCAGUGUUGAAUGUUAUCCUUGUGGCAGAUCCCAUUACUGUGCUGACAGCCAUGGAAAAAGGUAACAUUCAACCCUUUAAUUCCAAGAUCUGGUUGUUAAUUCUACCCUCUAGCUGCUAUAUGUUUCCUUAUAAAGUAGUUCACGAGACUCUGAUGUUAGAUCAAGGUAGCAACGUCUACAGGAUAAGUUUGAGUGUUCUCAUGACCUGUUUGGGAGAAGUUACAUGACAAUCACUUCUGGGAGGUAAAGGAUUUUAUGUUAAGUAAAUUCUGUUCAGUUAAGGGUUACUGGUUGUUUUGUAUCCAGUUGUUUUGUACCCAGCUAGUCAAGGUUGAUUGGUACCCAAUCAGUUGGGUUGUUUUGUACCCUGCUAAUUAAUAAAGUGUUUGUCAUUGGUGUUUAAAGGAAGGUUGGUUUCUGAUUUUUAAUAGCAAUGUAACCUGGGUUAAUUAAGUAAGUUUUGUUUAAGUGGGGUCCAUUUUUGAUAUGAGACCACCAAAGGGAGAAAAAAAAAUCACACUUUCACUAGCUGUUACAAGUAUAAACAAUAGACUGUUCUAUUCAAGAUAUCACUUUAACCCUGCUUACUUGGGCUAGGCAACAAUUUAGUCAUUUUUGUAAGAAGGUCAAAAGUAUACACAACAGAAUUUUGUUUGUAUCUUUCUCACUUUACACUAAUAACUUAGUGUGUGCAAUAAGGGACAGCUGAAUACUGGGACAGGUAUGAAUCGACCUGAGGUUCCAGUAUGAACUGACUCAAACUGGAUGCAAAUCAACUAAAUUUGAAUAAGGAAUGACUGUGAGUACGGAAAAGUUGGAUACCCAGCCAAGAGUCUGUAAACAAGCAGCAGUGUAAUACUGCAGAAGAAUGCUGGACUUACUUUUUAUGGCGUACAUGGAAAGAAGUUUUUGUUACUUCAAUCUUUUUGUGUGAUUCUCAUGAUGUUUUUGUUUUUCAGAUCCAAGAAUUAUGAAGGUACUUCUGGGUCUUCUAGGAUAUUCCUGCAAGAUACAUCGCAAAAGAAGCAAGAGCAGUUUGAACAGGCUUUCUUUCACAGAAACUGUUGAAAACAAGUUUGAAAGAAGUUUUAGCAAAGAAGAAAGUACUGAAGAAAAUGAAAAAAACAAUGCAGAAAAAAUCAAGGCUACAGAUGCUGAUUCAGAACCUUUAACAGACAAAGCACAUGUGGCACAUGGAGAAAAUGCAGAGUUAAAUGAAAAUGUACAAAAAAGUGAUCAUCAAGCAGACAAUCAUGAAGGUAGCCUUGUGGAUCAAGCAGAAGGUGAGAGAAAGGGUUUCUUACUGUUUAUUCACCUUUCCGUGUACAUUUUUAAAGGGGCUAUGUCUUUAUACCCUUUCCUUCAAAAAUGUAAUUUUUCCUACAAUUAUAUGGAGGAAAGGACCUGGGUGCAUCCUUAACUUCACUUUAAAUCCUGUUUUCAGAAACUAACACGAGUAAAACAACAGAUGAAGCACCCAGUUCUUCCCAAGAAACAAUGAAAGAUCAAAAUGAUGGAAUUAGUGAUCAAGUCAAUAUUACUGAUGUCCACCAUCAAUACUUCACAGUGGCUACUAGCUUCUUAAAAGAUGUCAUUUCUGAAUCUGCUAAGGUAAGAACUAUGUAAAGGAACACAUAGAAGAUAUCAUGGUGUUUCAUAAUAUUCACAAGCAUGGACAUAGACCUCUGGAACUAGCCUCAUCUAAGUGUUUCUUCCAUAACCAGUAAGCUCUUAGUGUUUGCUCUUGAUCCACUUACAUUUUCAUAUCACUUUUCCUUCAGGCUCCACAAUGUGUUUCAAGCAUGUUAGCACCUCAUGAAACUCUUCUCCAGAAGAUAGUUCAUUAUGCAAGCAGGAUUACAGUCUACAACACACUGGUUGGUUCAGCAAAUAUGUUUACAAAUUUUAAGGCCAAGUUUGAAUUAAUCCUAUGAAUCAGAUAGCAUCCAAUAAUUUCUUGGUUUUCUUUUUCUCAACCCCUUCUGCCCAUAACUGUAUUGGAACUGUAUGGAGAAAUAUGGCUUUGGUUACUGUUGGAAGGCAAAGUGUUAUAUGUUAGAGGGACAGAUACUUAAUGAUUUCUCGUCAUUAACCCUUUAGCUCCCAUGAGUGACCAAGACAGAAUUUCUCCUGACAAUAUCAAUACAAUAUCAAGCAGACAAGUGAUGAGAAUAAAGAAAAAUAUCAGUUAGGGGAUAAUAAGUUGAUCCAAUACCAAAUUCUCCAAACUAGCAUCACAAGAACUGUAUAGCAGACAGUAAGGAGAAUUACUAAUGAGAUCUUGGGAGUUAAAGAGUUUAAGUGUAAUAUAAUAUGGAAGUAAAGCCUCAUAGUGACUACUUUUUGAUGUAUUGUACUGAUUUUUACUCAAGGUGUGUGAGUUGGUGGAGUCAACACUCAGCACAUCUGAAUUGUCAUCUCUACACAAGAAAUUGUCAGAAAGACUUUAUACACAAAAGGUGAGACAAUGUCUGCUUUGA